UUAUUUUUCUUUGUGCGAUAUUCCCCAGUUUGUGUUUGUUCCAGUUGUUGUCAGUAAUUUCCUUCAGCUGUGUUGAUCUUCAGCUCAAUCUGUAUCACCUGUAUGAGUUGAUCAGUGAGUGUAUUUGACAGCAGGGCUGAUUCAGCAUCUUCACACACUCUUCAUCUGAAGCUUCACUGAAGGUGAUCAUCUGCAGACCAAGGUGAUUUUACACACCAAGAGCUGCUGAGCAGCUUUAUACUGAGCAUUUUCCUAAGUAUCUUCUCUCUUCUGUUAAUGUUCAGGUUCAUGAUGUUCCUGCUGAGGAGUCUUCUGCUGCUUUCUAUUGUGUUCUCCAUGGAGGGUGCCGAUGAGAGCGUUCAAUGCCCCAGAGGCUGGAGCGGGUCUGGCUCUCGCUGCUUCAGGUUUUUCUCCAGGUCUGUGAACUGGGUCACAGCAGAGAGAAACUGUCAGAGUCUUGGAGGGAAUCUGGCUUCUGUGCAUGAUGAAGACGAGAAUGAUUUUCUGCUGGGUCUGGUGCCGGUCUCCACACGCUGCUGGAUUGGAGGCCAUGAUGGUGAACAAGAUGGACAGUGGUUGUGGUCUGAUGGAUCUGUGUAUAGUUACACCAACUGGUGCUCAGGAGAGCCUAGUAGCGGGUCUGAACACUGCUUGGAGAUCAACUGGACAUCGGAUCAUUGCUGGAACAAUCAGGGCUGUUCAACCCGAAUGGGCUAUCUGUGUGCUAAACGGCGUGUACUGUGUUAGUGUGACUGUAACUUCACCCAAGUCUUCACUCUCGGUUUCUCAUCAAACCAAUAAAAGUGAAGUAAAUGGUG